CCAAGUGAUGGAGUAAUGGAUGAUAAAUACAUUUUCCCUGGAAUUUCAAUGGCGACCGAUAGGGCAGUGCCAAGUUCUCAAGUGUCUACUUGUCUCCGAAUUUUGCUCUAUUUUCUAAAUUGUAUAACGAUGGCUACUGGUGGAAAGCUUGAUGUUCAGAUUGAGGUCAAGUCUCCCGCAGAUAAGUUCUGGGGAGCAAUUAGAGACUCUACCACUCUCCUUCCCAAAGCUUUCUCUCACGAUUACAAGAGCAUUGAAGUUCUCCAGGGAGACGGCAAGGCCCCUGGUUCUGUUCGCCUCAUAACAUAUGCUGAAGGUUCUCCAAUUGUUAAGGUAUCGACUGAAAAGAUCGAAGCUGUGGAUGAUGAGAAAAAGGAGCUUGCUUACAAUGUGAUUGAUGGGGAUGUGUUGAAGUACUAUAAGGUUUUCAAGGCCUUCAUGACUGUAAGUCCAAAGGGAGAUGGGAGCUUGGUGAAAUGGUCAUGUGAGUAUGAAAAGGCAAGCAACGAGGUUCCUGAUCCAAGCGUCAUUAAGGAAUUUGCUCUCAAGAACUUCAAAGAAGUGGAUGAGUACCUAACCAAAUCAUAAGAGGCUUCUACCUUUAGGAAGGUUGUGGUUUGCCCUAAAAAAUAAUGUGGAGCCUCUCUCUUUCCGCAAUGUAAUACUUGUUUCAAUCUUUCUAUGUGGUUUAUCAGUCUGUAAUAUGAGUUUCUACUCAUUUGUCAGUUAAAUUAUGUAAUGGUUUAGUCAAGUUUAUGCCACUCUCUUCAUCUAA